AUGGACUCAUCAUGGGGUAAUUUAACAAGCCAUUAUGACACCACGGAUGUAAUUUCAACCCUAUCUUUGAGUGAUCGAUCGGACUCAGCUAAACUGGAUCCACUCAAUUUUUACGACUGUCAUUUUACGGGUAGUCCGGUGAAGAACACUUUGUUCGACGACAUGCACAGAAAUUUAAAAUCCAAUGUCAAAGUAAAGAAGCCGCAGCACAAAAAGAAGACAAUUCAGGAUAUAACUGCACCACAAGCCAUCUUGACUUCGCUCUGUUUACCAACCCCAUUCAUCUCUGCGGCGUUCAUGGGCUCGUUUGGACCUUUCAUACUGUUUACUAUUAUAUAUUUGUGCGUGCUACUGAGAUUCUGCCGCUCCAAGACAGGGAAAUGUGUACUGGAUAAAAUUUGGAAGAAGAAGGAGAAGGAGGAAGCUCCCACAGAAACGCAAAAAAACGAAGGAAAAGUAAAUAAGGAAUCGAAGAAGACGUAA